GAUUGGUCAGCCUGACUUGUCGCGGGAAAACUGUGGCAGGGAUAAGGUUUUAUCAAUUUGCCAGUGAAGAAAUUCCUAAACUUUAACAAUUUUCCGCAACUUAUCUUCUUUGUAGAGAAGCAGUAAAUAUGUUUUACUACCCAAAUGUCCUCCAGCGCCAAACAGGAUGUUUUUCCACAAUUUGGUUAGCAGCCACCAGAGGUAUCAGGGUCACUCGCAGAGAGUUUCUCAAAGUCAAUGUCAAGCUAACAUGCAACGACAUUUUGGACUAUAUAACAGCUCAGGUUCCUCCACCCCAGCCCAGCCUACCGAAGCCUCGGUUUUCUCUCUACCUGUCGUCCCAGCUGCAGUAUGGAGUGGUUGUAGUCUACCACAGGCAGUGUGGCUUCCUGCUUGAGGAAAUUCAACAGACCAUUGACCGCCUGCUGCGCUGUAAAAGACACAUCCGCAUUGACAUGGCUGAGUGUGACAGGCUGGCCUUGGAUGUUCCUGACAACCUGUACGUGAUGGAGGAGGCCGAGGGAGCUCAGGACCCUUUCUUCGGUCUUAUGGAGUCACACCAAUUACCCAGCCCUUAUAAUAUACACCAGCCAGUGAUGGUGACUGAAGAGGCAGGUUCACAGCACUCCCUGGUGCCCAGUCCCAACACCACACUUGACAGAGAGGGUCUCAGGUCACGACCAGCUGCCAUCACCAUGACAGAAAAGGAGCAGUUGCUCAUCACCGCUGCUGAGUAUUUUGAAGGAGAUGACCUCCCUGAAGCCACUGCCAGAGAGAUUGAUUUGUUGAUGGAUCAACCAGACCAGUUCCGUAGAGAGGUGGAGAUGCAGCGGUCAGCAGGGGAACUUGAAGGAGCCAUGUCCUCUAUUGACCAGCUGAAGGAGACGGUGCUGGGAGCAGAUCGGGACAGUUUGUGGCUGCUAGGUGAAGAGACGGGUCAGCCUUUGGAGGUUCCUCUGGCUGCUGUUGCCCCAGAGUUGACUCCGCUGCAGGUUGCCAUGCCAACUCCACCCUCCGGGGAAUCUGUGAAAGAGGGAGACAGAGCAACAGAAAGUCCCUAUGAGGAGGUGGCUGUUAGGAAACCUGGUGGGGGUCGCAGGCGUCAGCUGGUCUUUGCAGACCCUGAGGUCCAGAUAUCUGACAGAGUGAUGAAGGAACAGAUCGGAAACCCGUUGGCCGAGACGCUCAACCUGUCCGAAGUGUUGCUGGACUUGCCCUCCUUGACUAAGCGUGCUAUUCCUGCUCAGCUCUUCAAUGCCCCCUGUGGAUCCCAUAUUGAUGCGGAACUCCAGGCACUAUGGAAGCAGCAUGCCUUGCUUGCUGUCCCGCCUGGACACGGGGAUGAACAGAGAGGGGAGGAGGAAGAUGAAGAGGAGUCAGAGCAGGACAGAGAAAUACUGAGGACGGAGAGGAAGAGGAAAUACUCAAGCAUGAAGGAGAUGUCCAGUGAGUCAGGGCUGCAGCCUGCAGACGGCUCAUCUGCAUUAGACAUGAUCCUGGACAUGUCGAAAGAGGACAAAUCUGUAAGCGAUGCCAUCACUCCUGUCAGCAGAUGGUCUCCACAAGAAGAGGCCCAGCUGCCAAUGGAGCCUAUUGUAGAGGAGAACAUCGAGAUGCCCGAGGCACAGGCAGAGAGCAGGGACAUGCUCAGCUGGAUCGCCUCCAGCCUGCAGAGGUUUGGAGAAGUCCCCUUUGGCUCUCUAGUGCCACCAGAGGCUGACCGCAACACUGCAGCUCACACCCUCUACAAACUGCUGGAGCUGCUGUCUGCAGGACACGUGACUGCACAACAGAAUGAACCCUACAGUAACAUCACCAUAAACCCUGCAGUCCUCAGGAUGACUGCCUGAACAUACACUUGUACAGUUAUCAACACUGUAGUCCUUUAGGCACAGUUAAUGACAUUUGUAUUGAUUAAUAUAAUACAUUAUUUUUAACCUAUGAGAUCAUCAAAUGAAACCAGGAUGUUAAAGAAUGUUUAAAAGAAAGAUUUUUACCCUUUUUAAUCUGGUUCUUUUCGUUCAAUUCAUUCAUAUGGUUUAAUUUAUACAUAUUUGUACCUGCUGAGAAGUGUUACACACUUUAAUGUCACAUACUGUUUUUGACAUUUUUAAAAAUGUGGACCUUGCCGGUUUUGUUACACAAUUUGUAUCUUCAGUAUGGUUUUUAAUCAUUUUUAGUGGUUUUAAAUGUACCUUUUCAUACAGAUUGCAUCAGAUCCUUUUAACUAUUUUAACUUGAAUAAUCAAAUGUUUCUGCUCAGUUGAAUUGCAUGUUCUCAGAUUAUCCCUUCAAACCCCAAACAUAUUAAAGCUGAUGAACUUUGAAUGUUUGAAA